AUAUUUCCAAAACUAAAUCAAGGUCUCGACCUGCACGAUAUCAUACAUAUUGACAGCUUGAUACGUCCAGGCCUUUGGGGAUAUCGAAGACAUUGAACGUAAGGACUAAGGAGAUGACCACCGUCCAGAACCGACAGAAAGCUGUGCCCGCAUGGGCCCGUUUCUAUUUCUAUGGGAUGCAUGGCCUUCUGGAUGAAAUCGUGUUCACAGCUCUCUUCGAUAUGGUGUUCGAACCCAGCGGGAACAGGUCAUUAAAAGGUCAUUCCAGCAUAUUCUCAUUCUUCAUCUACGGUAGCUGUUCAUUCCUUGUUGAGCAGUUGUACGUGUUUUUGUACCUGAAGCAUGGCGUGCCAAGGUACAUCCGGUUGGUCCUUUACCUUUGUAUACUUUACACCUGGGAGUUUUCUACGGGUCUCCUACUCCGACAGUUCGGAGCUUGUUCCUGGGACUACAGUCACUACACGUAUAACCUUAUGGGACUUAUUACAUUGGAGUAUGCUCCAGGCUGGCUAAUUCUAUGCUUCUUGCAGGACGUGUUUGCCGACUUUUUGCUCUGUCUAUCCAUUAACAUCAAGGCAGACGCCGACAAUAAGGGAAAGAAGAGCAGUUGAUGGUACCGACCGAGUUUGCUAUCAUUUUUGUGGUCGAAACGACGGAAACAGAUUUGUAUUUUACAUUGUAUCAUUAAUUUGUACGUUACGGGGAAUAAUAAUUCUUUUUUUUAUUGGCAAUGAUUUAUGUUGAAGUGGAUUUUUCGAAAAUUAUGCUUGUCUCUAAAAAACAAUUAUGUGGUUUGCACCUGUCAAAGGUACAGCUCAAAGUUUUUCUUUCGGAUGGUUAUUAUAAAGCAACCAUUUCAUACGAAAAUAAACUGUUGGUUUUUACACAGAAAGACCCAAUAUUUCAAACUGGUCCGAUGCCUUUACAUGUGUGUUGGUUGAACCGUUCCAAUCACGAAAAUGAAAGCAUCACGUGAACCUUAGAUUAGUGAACGUGUGCGACGGUUUGGUUGUGCAGUAGAUAUAAUAGUUGUGUGAAUUGUAAGCAAUAUAUUCUUUUAUAAGUGAUAUUUAUAGUAAAUGAUUGAUAAAAACUACGUCACUAUACCCCGCAGAUUGAGUGUAUACUGCACGUGUAAAAUAUGCAAAUCAUUUUAUGCAAUAAUUGUUUGUGAUAUAUUUAGAUUCGAUACCGACGUCAUGCUAUAUUUUUUUGUUUACUUAUGUAUGUCACAUAGACGCGCUGUAUAUUGUUUUGUUUAUGUAUGUCACAUAGACGCGCUGUAUAUUGUUUUGUUUAUGUAUGUCACAUAGACGCGCUGUAUAUUGUUUUGUUUAUGUAUGUCACAUAG